AUGUUCUUAUCAAUAAUAGCUUUGCUAGUGUUACCUGAUAUUGCAACGUCCACAGAAGAUUACUCUUUGGUUACCACCGCAUCAUAUGAAACUAAUUUAGUAAAAAACGAAGCGUGUGAAGCUGAUUAUCAGAAUAUUAAAUUCUACCUCUUUACCAGAAAAAAUACCGAUGCACAUCAAGAAUUGAAAAUUAACGAUACCUCACUCCUUUGGAAAUCGAAUUUUAAUUUCAAGCAAGAAAUAAAAGUUAUCAUACACGGCUGGAUUAGUAAUAAUGACACAAUUUUAGCUAUAAACAGUCUAAAAGAUGCGUAUGCUAAAACUACUGGGUUUAAUGUUAUAAUCGUCGACUGGAGCAAACUUGCCAAGGACACAUAUAAAGUUGCAAAAACAUACGCUGAUGCAGUCGUGUGGAUGAUAACUGAAUUUAUUAAAUUUUUAAUAGCAAAUGGAAUUUCUCCUACUAAGAUGCAUCUCAUAGGGCACAGUAUUGGAGCUCAUAUCGCUGGUAAUGUUGGACAAAAUGUAAAAGAAAUGAACAGAGUAGUCGAUGCUAUUACAGGGUUAGAUCCAGCAUUACCUCUUUACAAAUUCAGUCUGGAAAACCAGCGUCUUGAUUCAAGUGAUGCCCGCUAUGUCGAAGUUAUUCAUUCCUCAACGAAUUCCUGGGGUUAUCGAGUUCCUUUAGGUCAUGUCGACUUCUAUCCCAACGGAGGAAGAAUACAACCAGGUUGUGAUGACCAAAGAGAGCAAGGGGACAGUACUAUUUAUUAA